CUCGCUAGGCCGGUCCCGCCUCGCCCCAGCUUGGGGGAGGAGGUUGGAGAGCCGCCCUGCCGGCCUUUGAAUUUUGCCGCGAAAAGCGCGCGUGGCGGCCCCCGGCCCCGCCCCCCGCAGGAUGCGGCGCCGCGUCACCCUGGUAACCGCCUCUCGGCCGCCGCUGAUUGGGCAGAACCUUAGGGGACGGGCGGGGGGCGAGACGCCGCGGCCGCUGCCGGCGCUCGCGUCUGUCAGUCGGGCCGGAGCGGAGCAGGGGGCAGGACGGCCGGGCCGGCGGCUCCGCGGAAAGGCUGCGUGCUCCAGCCGAAGGAGGUGAAGAGCCGGGCCCGCCGCUUGCGGGACGCGGCGCGCGGCACCUGGGCCUGAGGCGAGGCGAGGUGAGGCGCCGGCGCGCGCCAGGCGGCGCGAGGCUGAGCCCUGGGAGCCCCUGCGCGCCGCCAGGGGCCAUGGGCGCGUGAGAGCCCGGCGCGCGCCGCCCCUGCUGCAGCUCGAGAGCUCGCACGCCCGGUGUACCGUGCUCCGGACCGUUCCCACGUCCGCCCUGCGCCACCCGGACCGGUUAUUUCGCGGCGCAGAGGCCCCCGGGACUGCAGCCGAGCCUCCGCCGCCCGCUGCCGCCGCCGCGGCUGCCGCUGCUCUCCAGCUUCCCCUCCCCCCACACCCAGGGCUCGGAGGAGGAGGGGCCGGUGCGUUCUCACCGCCUCUCUUUGCAACCUGCGGGGGCCGGUGUAUGCCCGGCGAGGAGCCGGGGCCGCUGCAGGUGCGUGCAACCCCAGAGGAGACGACCCCCUCCCAUCCCCAGGCGGACCGGGGGGCUGCGAGCCGCGGGCGGGCGGUCGAGCGAGAGCAAGCAACAAAGACAGGCUGCAGCUGGGGCCGGCGAGAGGGGCCGCGGCCGCCGGGCUCCUGGCGCGGGCGGAGAGGGCGCCCCGGGGAGCGGCGCGGGCCGAGCUGCAGCCCUGAGCGGGACCCCGAGGGGAGGCGCAGCGCCGCCCGCCGGACGCCGUGAGCACAGGCCCCGGCGAGGAUGCGCCGCCUGAGCGCCCGCACGGCCCAGGUCCCGGGCGGGCACGACCCACGCUGAGCGGACAGACCCGCCACCCCCGACUUCGGACGGCGCGGGUCGGAGCCUGGAUCACCCUCACCGACAGCGUCCCUUUCCACCCGGAGAGAGGCAUCGGCCCCCAAGGGGGGCUCCCUCAGGCAGCCUCUGCCACCUCUGCAUGGCUGCGACCCGGCGAGCGGAGAGUCGUCGCCGCUGAGACCUGGUGCCCUUCAACGGCCUGGCUGAUCUGGGACCCUGCUGCUCGGUGUGCCCCACCGCGGGCCCCCAGCUCCGCCAUGCUGGCCUGUCUCCAGAGGACCCAGAACCCACCGGGCCAACACCUGGCCUGCCCGAGCAAGAGCCUGGAGCUCCGAAAGUGCGAGACGGCGGCCAGCUCCAUGCAUUCGUCCCGCUACCCGAGCCCGGCCGAGCUGGACGCCUACGCCGAGAAGGUGGCCAACAGCCCGCUGUCCAUCAAGAUCUUCCCCACCAACAUCCGGGUGCCGCAGCACAAGCACCUCGGCCGCACCGUCAACGGCUAUGACAUGAGCGGCCAGCGCUACAGCCCGUACCCGCAGCACGCCGCCGGCUACCAGGGCCUGCUGGCCAUCGUCAAGGCCGCCGUCUCCUCCUCGGGCCCCGCCGCAGCCGCCGGGCCCGCCAAAAGCGUGCUCAAGAGCGCCGAGGGCAAGCGGACCAAGCUGUCGCCGGCCGCCGUGCAGGUGGGCAUCGCGCCCUACCCGGCGCCCAGCACUCUGGGGCCCCUGGCCUACCCCAAGCCCCCCGAGGGGCCCGCCCCGCCGCCCGGCCUGCCCGCGGCCGCCGCCACCGCCGCCUCCGUCAUCCCGCUGCCCGGCCGCGGCCUGCCCCUGCCGCCUUCCAACCUGCCCUCCAUCCACAGCAUCCUCUACCAGCUCAACCAGCAGUGCCAGGCCCCGGGCGCCGCGCCCGCCGCCUGCCAGGCCGUAGCCGGUCCCCGCCCCAGCCCGGCCAAGCACGGCCCCGUGCCCGGCUUCCCCGGCAUGGCCUACUCGGCCGCUGCCGGCCUGCCCGACUGCAGGAAGGGCGCCGAGCUGGGCCAGGGGAGCACGGCGGCCUUGACGUUGGCUGGGGCCACCAAGCCUGCAGGGUACGCGGACGGGGGCCUGGAUUACCUGCUGUGGCCGCAGAAGCCGCCCCCACCGCCACCCCAGCCGCUGCGGGCCUACAGUGGCGGCACGGUGGCCAGCAAGUCCCCCGAGGCGUGCGGGGGGCGGGUGUAUGAGCGGGCCGGCGGGUCGCCCCUCAACUGCGGCAUGGGGCUGCCCACCGGCUUCACCGUGGGCCAGUACUUCGCCGCCCCCUGGAACAGCGUGCUGGUGACCCCCACCAGCGACUGCUACAACCCGGCGGCGGCGGCGGCAGUCACCGAGCUGGGGCCGGGGGCGGCCCGGGAGCUGGCGGGGCCCCCCGUGGAGGCCCUCUCGGGCUUGCCCAGCAAGAGCGUGUGCAACACGGCAGCGCUGAGCAGCAGCCUGCAGUCGCUGGAGUAUCUCAUCAAUGACAUCCGGCCGCCCUGCAUCAAGGAGCAGAUGCUGGGCAAGGGCUAUGAGACAGUGGCCGUGCCCCGGCUGCUCGACCACCAGCACGCCCACAUCCGCCUGCCCGUCUACAGAUAAGGCCUGCGCGGCGGCCGCACGGACAGACGGACAGACGGACAGGGUGCCGGGCGGGGAGGCAGGCCGCGGAGCAGGGUGGGCGGUGCCUGGGGGCACCCGGCCUCGCCCCGCGCCCGGGUGCCCGUGGAGGCCCACAGGGAAGCCAGGCUGGCUGCUGCCGUGCAGCCACCUGAUGGGGAGUAGCAGGGCGACCUGGCUCCCCCAGGCACCCCCCCCACCAUCGGCUGCCCUAGGACACGGGGAGGGCCCAGGGCAGCCGCGGAUGGCCACUCCGUUCUCCCUCCAAGCUGGCAGAGGCAGGGAGAGAGAAACCACCUUAAAACAGGAAUGGUUCUUUCUGGCUUUCCCAGGAGAGGAGCUCAGGCCAGGGUGGGAUAAAGGAGGAAAUGUGACGGUCUAGAGUCAGGGUGGGGUCAGAGCAGCCCCCCGGGGGUCAGACAUCUCCUCCCCACCCCCCCAUGAGCUCCCCGGUCUCCUGGAAAAGGAGCAGAGAAGGGGCAUAGGAGGUCACAGGGCCUACAGUGUCCCCCACUGGCCAAUCCAGGUGAAGACCACUCUAAUAGAGGCUCCAAGGACUACCAGUCCCCCCUGCUCCUCCCUCCUCCUCUAGGUUCUCCUUCCCCUCCUCCCGUUCCUUCCCAACACAGAAUUGUACCCCCAUCCCCACUCUCUCCAAACCCUGUACUACCACCUUCCCCCUUCUCUCCACAUCUUACAGGGCUGCUGGACACAGUUGUACAGGCUGUGCACUGCACAAGGGCACCUCGUCCAAGGAGACACCAUUUGCAUCUAGACUUGUAUAUUUAUUAUGGCAAUUUUCCGAAUCUUGAGGAAGGGGCGCCAUUUUCCCUAUUCGCACAAAGGCACCACCAGGGCUAACAGUGGGCCUGCUAUCUUAGACACCAGAGGGACCCUACCCUCCCUUCUUCAGGGGUUUCCCUAGGAGCCAGCGAGGAGGCGACCUACUGGUUUUAGUUGGAAGACCCAAUCCAACUCCCUUCCUGCAAGCUGCCCUCCAAGGCCUGCCGCGCACCAUCAGGGGUCCGGGGGGGAGGCAGGCAGGGAUCCCCCCUUCCCCGUUAUGUCCCCAAGGCCCGAAUUCCCCGAGCCCUGGCCCCUCUGGCACUCCGGAAGCGGUACUGUAUCUCUCCAAGGCCUGUUCAAGCACUAAGUGCAUUUACAAAUCUCUGAGAAUGUUUUUUUUUUAUACUAAAAUUGACCAUUAUAUUCUACUGUGAGAAGUGCAGUCUGCACUAUAUUGUUUUAAAAACGAAGAGAAAGAAAAAAGAAGGAAAACACAGAUGGUGUCUCAGCUGUGGAAUUUUGUAGCUCUUGUUUUGUUCUUCCUUCCCUCCCUCCCUUAGGAGUAAAAUGGGCCGUCUCCUCCCCUGCUGACCGGGCGCGGAGCCCCGAGGAAGCAGGCCAGGAGCCUCCUGGCACCCACAGCGCUGGGCAUUCUGUGGGUCAUUUACUUCUCCAGCUCUUUAGGGGUGGACGCUGUCAUGUACCCUGUUUGUGUCCGCUGGGUCACAGCCAGCGAUGGAUCUGCAGAGUGACUGAGGCAGAACCAAGCCCGGGCCCCGUGGCUCGUUCCCUGAAUGGUGCGGAGGUGGUCUGGGGAUGGUGCCCCCCCCGCAUCA